AUGGGCUCAACAACCGCCAACACACGCAAAAAAGUAACAAUCCAAACCAUUCAAAGCCUCUACAAAAAGAACGAACCCAUCACAGUUCUCACAGCAUCCGAUUUCCCAAGCGGCCAUGUAGCCGACACAGCCGGAAUGGAAAUCGUGCUCGUAGGCGACAGCCUCGCAAUGGUCGCAAUGGGCAUGGAAGAUACAAAUGAAGUAACAAUGGAUGAAAUGCUCCUCCAUUGUCGCAGUGUAAACCGUGCUGUCAAGAGCGCUUUUACAAUCGCAGACCUACCAAUGGGCUCAUACGAAACAACCCCAGAAAAAGCCCUCACAUCCGCAAUCCGGAUGGUCAAAGAAGGCGGGAUGAAAGGCGUGAAAUUAGAAGGCGGGGCAGAGAUGGCAUCUACAAUUCGCAAGAUCUCCCAAGCCGGAAUCCCUGUUAUGGCGCAUAUCGGAUUAACGCCACAGCGCCAGCACUCGCUUGGCGGGUUCCGUGUGCAGGGUAAGUCUGCUGCGGGGGCUGUGAAGUUGCUUCGGGAUGCAUUGGCUGUUCAGAAGGCUGGUGCUUGUAUGGUUCUUAUUGAGGCUGUGCCGCCUGAGAUUGCGGCGAUUGUUACGCGGAGACUGAGCGUGCCGACUAUUGGGAUUGGGUCUGGGAAUGGGUGUUCUGGGCAGGUGCUUGUGCAGGUUGAUAUGUUGGGGAAUUUCCCGGAGGGGAGGUUUUUGCCCAAGUUUGUUAAGAGGUAUGCGGAUGUCUGGGGGGAGGCCAGGAGGGGGGUUGAGGCUUAUAGGGAGGAGGUUAAGAGUAGGGCUUUUCCUUCGCUUGAGUAUACUUAUCCUGUUUCUAAGGAGGUGGUGGAAGAGUUUGAGAAGAUUGUUGAUGAGGUUGUUGAGGAGGAAUAA